AAACACAGUCUUCUUGAUGAGGAACAAAGGACGAGGACAUCUAGCUUACUCUCUUUACCUGACAGAAAGAAGGAAAUAACAACGGAGGAGGAGAAAGAGAGAGUUGGGUGCUUUGAAGAUAUAAGAAUAGGGCAAGAACAUACAACAGAAAACAACAGGAGCCUACAAGCACGAAGGGUUUAAAAAAGGGAAGCAUGACUACUAUGCAAGUGACGGUGCAAGGACCAAAGAACCGGUGGAGAGAGGACAGCUCACAUAGACAGCUCACUUUGGAUAGAGGAGUGGAGGCCACAAGCCCUCCCAAAAAACUGUUCCACUCCAUCGAGGAGAUCCUGAGGAAACCAACAGAGAAGAUCCUGAGGAAACCAACCGAAGAGAUCCUGAGAAAACCAACCAGAGUGGGAGAAGAGAGGCGAGAAGAGCUAGGUGGAUGGUCUGUUAACAGACAGAAUGAUGAAUGCCCAAACCAGCAUGUAUAUACAGAAGGCACUGUUCAUAACAGGGUGCUGCCACAGCAUGUGCACAUCGUCACUGACUGGAGAGAUGCCCACACUUCAUCUGACCAAAACACAGCAGUCACAAAACUACACCCUGGAGAGUGCCACAUUGACCGCAUCUCCCCAGACCACAAUGGGGACUGCAGCAGCCACAGUAAGGAUAGUAUUCUUCAGGAGAGAGCAGGGAGAGAGGAGGGCCAGGACCAAGGAAGAGCCCAGUGGGAGAGGAACGGCUGCCAACCUCCUCAUGUGCAGAGGAGGAGAAGACAGACAAGGACCAGCUUCACUCCAGGUCAGGUGGAGGAGCUGGAGAAGGUGUUCCUGGAGACUCAGUAUCCUGAUGUCCACAUAAGGGAUAAGCUGGCCUCUUGUCUGCAGCUCACUGAGGGAAGAGUACAGGUACGCUAG